GAGGUUAAACAACAAACAUGGCGGCACGGCGUGAUGCCGCCUGUCUUGACAGUGAUUCCAGUUAUUCGGAAGAUCGUCGGAUAGCUAUUGAUUUUCACACGACACUCGGUUCGCGUUGAAUAACAAUUUCAACUGACAGGCGACACGUCUCACAAACAACGAAAAUGUUGCUGACGUUAAAGCCGGAUCACAAGAAACACGUGUUGUUUCUAGCCGAACAAUCGUUACCAGUUUUGCAGGAUUUCUGCAAACUGGCGCUAGAUUACUUGCAGAAGGGCCCGAACGUUAAGGUGUACAAUGCCGCCGCUCAGAAGUUGAACGUCGAGCUAGACGUGAUUAAAAAUUCGGUAGAAGGUUUAGUCAAUCUUUUGCUGGAGAGCUGCAAGCACAAGCUAAGCGCGGAGGACUUUCGGGAUUCCGUGGUCGCUUUGGGCUUCACGGAAGACAAGGAGGCGAUACUGAGCAAAUUGUACAGCAUUAAAAGAGACGAGGUCUCGGACGCGCUCGAAGAGAUUGGAUUCAAGCUGCCCAGAUACCACGACAUGGAGUGGAGAUUUGAAGUGCAGACCGCGUCGAGAUCUCUGUUGAAACAAGUCGCGCCACUCGUCACCCUCGACCUGUCGCUGAAGAAUCCCGAUAAUCCAGAGGAAGUCGAACAUGUUCUGCUGCAAACCGAUCCGACUAACUUGCUUCACAUAACUCAAGAGCUGGAGGAAGCUCUGCAAGAGAGUCGCAGUCAACACAUUCGGAGAAUUUCGAAAGCAGUAAAAUGAGGCUUUUCGUAUAAUUUGUACAAUUAUAUAUACUUGAGCAUCUGUAAAGUUUCACUCCGGUCGGAUCGUCCCGAAUAACAAGUGACAGUAAUCGCACGCGCUUUACAUACGUAUACAUUAUACUAAGGCAGUUGGACACA